AUGGCGGCUUCUUUGUUGAGACAUGUGGGUCAGCGUUGCCUGUGGACUCGGCUUGGCCCCAGCCUUUCUGUGCAACACGUGGUCCCCAUGGGAACAACAGCAAAGGAGGAGAUGGCUCAAUUUUGGGAUAAAAACACCCAGUCGAACCAUCCCAUGUCCCCUCAUAUCACUAUCUACAAGUGGUCUCUGCCCAUGAUGAUGUCCAUCGGCCACCAUGGCACUGGUGUUGCAACGAGUGUAGGAGUCUCUCUCUUUGGCCUGGCUGCUUUGAUUCUCCCAGAACAGUUCCCCUAUUACCUGGCAUUUGUGAAAUUGCUUAGCCUGGGGCCUGCUCUUAUCUACUCUGCUAAAUUUGCUUUGGCUUUCCCCCUCACCUACCACACCUGGAAAGGAAUCCGACACCUUAUGUGGGACAUGGGAAAAAGAUUUAAGAUUCCCCAAGUCUACCAGUCUGGAGUCCUGGUCCUGGUCCUGACGCUGCUUUCCUCUGCUGGACUCGCAGUCUUGUGAAGGCACCUCCCUCCUGAAGCCCUCCCUUCUCCUACAAGGAUUUGAUUCAUCUGGUGAUCUGGUCCAGACAGAGCUCAGUAUGUGUGUAUGGGGAGAGGGCAGGAGGGACUAGAGACUCCUAGAUAACUAAAUUGUUGGGGAAAGAUGGUGCUUUCCCCUCUUUG